GGAGCCGAGCCCGGCGGCCGCGCCUCCCUGGCUCUCCCCGUCCGGAUUCCCGGCGCCGCAGCCGCCCCGCCGUGACGCGGGCAUGAGCCUGGCCAGUCGCCCAGUCCAACUAGCGCCCCCGGCCCGGGCCGCGGCGCCCAGCAGGUGCCGGCCGAGGGAGCCUCGGGGACAAUGCUGAGGCUGCCGAGGUGAGGGCUGCCCGUCCGACGGCCGGCCAGGCGAAGGUGGGACACGGACAGGAUCGCGAACAGGUGAUCGGAGGCGCCAGAAACCAACCGGAGCUGCUGCCACCGCCGCGGUUCCCUGCUCUCCCUUGGGCCAGGCCGGGGGGAAACAGCAAACCAUGGCGACCAGUUUCAACGACAUCGUCAAACAGGGCUAUGUGCGGAUGAAGAGCAGAAAGCUCGGGAUUUACCGGAGGUGCUGGCUUGUGUUCCGGAAAUCCUCCAGCAAGGGGCCCCAGCGGCUGGAGAAGUACCCAGAUGAGAAAUCCGUGUGUCUUCGAGGCUGUCCCAAGGUGACGGAGAUAAGCAAUGUCAAGUGUGUCACUCGACUCCCCAAGGAGACCAAGAGGCAGGCGGUGGCCAUCAUAUUCACUGACGACUCUGCCCGGACCUUCACCUGUGACUCAGAGCUGGAGGCGGAGGAGUGGUACAAGACCCUGUCCGUGGAGUGUCUGGGGUCAAGGCUCAACGACAUCAGUCUUGGGGAGCCGGACCUCCUGGCCCCAGGGGUACAGUGCGAACAGACAGACCGCUUCAAUGUCUUCCUGCUGCCCUGCCCCAAUCUGGACGUGUAUGGCGAGUGCAAGCUGCAGAUUACGCAUGAAAACAUCUACCUCUGGGACAUCCACAACCCUCGAGUAAAGCUCGUCUCGUGGCCCCUCUGCUCACUGCGCCGCUACGGCCGAGAUGCCACCCGCUUCACCUUUGAGGCUGGCCGGAUGUGUGACGCAGGAGAAGGACUCUACACUUUCCAGACGCAGGAUGGGGAGCAGAUCUACCAGCGGGUGCACGGUGCCACGCUGGCCAUAGCUGAGCAGCACAAGCGAGUCCUGCUGGAAAUGGAGAAGAAUGUGCGGCUCCUGAACAAGGGUACUGAGCACUACUCCUAUCCCUGUACACCCACCACCAUGCUGCCCCGCAGUGCCUACUGGCACCACAUCACUGGCUCCCAGAACAUCGGUGAGGCCGCUAGCUACGCUGGUGAGUCGCUGCUGGGGCCUGCGUCCACCUGCCUGGAGGUCCCACAGAGGGACAGGCAGAGUGGCCAGGGAGCCCUUGACACUGCCCUGAGGCCUGGCCCUGCCUGUGUGUCCACAGGUGAGGGCUACACUGGGGCAGCCCAGGCCAGCUCCGAGACGGACCUCCUCAACAGAUUCAUCCUGCUGAAGCCAAGGUCAAGCCCAGGGGACAGCAGCGAGGCUCAGGCCCCAGCCCAGUGACGCAGGGCUGAUGGGUGCCCACGUGACUGUGGGGCUACCUGUGACUGUGGACGGUCCCAGGGGCUGGAGCCAUGGGCCCAGAGAAGGGGAGCAAGCUGUCUCCUUGUCCCCAAGAGUAAGGCUGACCAAGGUCAGGGUGGCCAAGCCACCGAGCAUGUGUGAGGGGCUGGAGCUACCAUGGAACUCUAUACUGUUAAUGACUUAAUAUAUAUGGCUCAUGAUAUAUUCUCUAUUAAUGAAACCUCCCUAUCCUUCCCCUCUACCAUUUUCAAACCCUGAGACCAGGCCAGAGUCCAGGCUGUACUUGAAUGGGGGGAACCUUUGUCCCUGCCCUCUGGAGCUGGGCUCUCUGGCUGCUGGACCCCAGGAGCAAGACUUUCCCAGCCCAAGGCUGCCGCCACUGUUCCCAAGCGGUCCAGAGACUGGCCAGUAGGCAGCUUCCAAGUCCUGCUGGCCUGGAGUGGCACAGGAAGGAUCCGACUCACACUGCGCCACUUGGUAGUCCCGCACUUGGAAGUUCUAAGCAGAGGUGCCAUUUGGUUGGUACCUCAGGUGAAAAAUUUUGUUUUAAAAAUGUCCUUUCUGCCCCUGCUCCUUUGUGCUCAGCAGGCUGAGAAGAGACCCUGGGGGUAAGGCCGCUGGUGGCUGCAAGGGCCAGUCUAAACUCUGCACAGGGCAGUCUGUGGCAGACAGGGGUCACCUCAGCCCGGUGGGGCGUCUGGCCCACCUCCUGCCAGCCACAAGCACCCCAAAACUCUCCCACAUGGUGCUGAGGCUUGCUGCUGAAAUGCAAUUAAAGCAAUUGAUUUUCUAGUGCUGGUAUUUAUUGAUGACCGUGCAGAAGGGCUAUCUUUCUAUCACGUCGUACCUUUGGUUGCGUGGUUUUUGUUUUUUACUACUUUAGGGUUCUGAUUUGUGGAAGCAAACCUUGUAAAUAACCACUAUUCCAGUUGUGGCAGGAGAAAGCCAGAGGCUCAGGCUCCCCCUUCCCGGCCCCCACCCCCCUCCCCCGCCUACUCAGGCUCAGCUCCUAAUGCUGACCCUGGGCCUGCCCCUCCA